GAUAUUGAAAUGAAAAUUCUUAUUUUCAAAAUUGAAAAGUUUGUAAGUUUAAAAUUUUUUCCUCUGCAAACAUAUACUUUCUCCACGUUGUGUAUACUCUCCAGUGAGUAUUUGUCCAGCCCAUCAUUGAUGUAUACACUAACUAAUUUUCAUGCACCCAUACUUAUCAGAAGACAGUAUUACCUUCAGUUCAUUAGUGCACUUUUCACGUAAAAUCUACACAUUUUUGAAACUUUUCAACCACGUCGAACUAUUUGUUACCAGCGAUAAUACUCAGGUCACAAGCAUCAAAAGUGUCCAUACUUCACGAUACAUAUAAUGGAAAGUUUUUGUAAAGUACGGUGGAUACAACAGAAUCGUUUUCAUGAAACCGUGACAUUGUUAUUGUCAGCGAUUUCUGCUCAGAACUCGAAACGGCAGCUUCUUUCCUCUCAUGGAAAUAGAAAGAAUAAAAUGCCCAGGAAAAUUGAAAGGGACGACGCCUUAGAGAGAAAGAAAGUGAACAGUGAUGCAACGCUGAAUUCAUGGCACAUUACAAGCACACCUAGCGAUCCUCUAAAAAUCGAGGAGAACACUGCAGUACCUGUAGAAAGAGAUACAAAUCCGUUCGAAGCCAUAUUGCUUCCAAUUCACAUCAAGGACGAACCUGUAUCCAACGAAUUCGCGGUGGACCAAGAAGCUGAAGAGAAACAGAAGCCGAAGAGACCGCAGCAGAAAAAGAAAACGAAGACGCAGAAAGAAGAGGUAUCCGAGAAAGACACGCAGAAGGAAGAGACGGACGAGAUACUGGAGAACUUGAGGAACAUCUGUCCUGUGUGUCAGAAAAAUUUCGACAACGAAGAACAGAUGCGUAGGCACCUCAGGAAGAUCCACGUGAAGUCGUUCGUCUGUAGCAAGUGCAACAAAGGUUACUACUCGAACGUGGCCCUGAAGGAGCACGAGAAGUCGCACGAGGACGACUCGUACCUCGAAUGCGACAUCUGCCACAUGAGAUUCAAGCGAAAACCUGGAUUAAAGCUUCAUCAUCUGCGAGUGCACAGCGGUCUAGAAGCGAAGUUCACCUGCAACUACUGCCAGAAACAGUACAAACUGAAGCACGAGUUGACCAUUCACGUGAAGAGGAACCACACGGACACGGGAGAGACGUCCAUUUGCAAAUACUGCGGUAGGACCGUGAAGGAUGUGGAGGAACACGAGAGGAGACACGAGAAGAGAGCCAGGAGACUCACGUUUCAGUAUCAUUGUAAUUUGUGUGACAAGAGGUUUAAGAAUUCUAUUAAAUUGGAUAACCAUUUGCUGCUGCACAAAGAGGGCUUCAAAUGCACCGAGUGCGACGAGAGAUUCUCCCAUCCUGCUGACCGGGAUAAACACAAAGAGCUGAAGCAUAAACUUCGAAUAUCGUGCACGUUCUGCACGAAGAAGUUCAACUCGCGAAGCAAUUUCUACACUCAUGUGCUAACUCAUGCUGGCGUGAAACCGUACAAGUGCGACAUCUGCGAUGAGACUUUCACGCAGAGGAAUAGUAUGCUGAAGCACCGGAAGAAGAGCCAUCCUGAAAGCAACCUUCCGGCGGUCACUGUGCCCAUGAAAAUCGCGGAAAUUGCUAAGAAAAUUUUGCAAAAGGAGUACCAAUUCCAAGACAGCGAAUAAACCAAGACCCAAGUUCGUCUUACUACUUAAUAGUUGUCGCGGCCAAACCUGAAGACAACGAAACCGCCGGAAAGUCUAAAACUGCGACCA